CACAGUCCAGCCAUAGUAAACAAAACGCGACGUUCGGGGUUCGCUGCCCAUUUUUAAUGCAAUAAAAAUAAAAGCGAAAGGCAAGGCGCAAACACGCAAUUGGCCGUCGCCCUACCUUCUGAGGCCAUAAAUCCGGGAUUAAGCGUUUUUGAUCGUAGCCGCAACCGUGUUUCCUCGAGUGUGGUGUUGUCCCACUGCUGUGGAAGGAAAAUUCUGCGUAGCAAACAAACCGGUCGGUCUUGUACAUACAUUGUAUAUAUACAUAGUAUAUACACACAGACACUAGUUCGGACGCGUACAUGGCCGAGAAAAGCGUUGCAGUGCAUUUUGUGUGGCAAAUUAAUUGCGCCGAGUGUCUCGAAAAACAUCAUUUGCCUGCCGCAGACGUAAUUAUUGGCGUCCAUAUGCCCCUGCUCAGCCGCGGGGGUGAAGGUGUGUGCAUGUGAGCCUGCGAGGGUGGUGCGCCGAAAGCUCGCGUAUUGUGAAUUGCCGUGCAAACAUAUACAGACCCACCCCACGACUUCCCGCUCCGACAGCAGCGAGUGUUCCACUUUUGGCUGUCCUGAUUUCCCUGCAGUGCAGCCAAGACGUCAGCUUCCUCACGGGCGUGUUCUUCGCGGUGUCCUAAUUUCUGGGAACGCAGCGUAGGAGAUCGAAGGACCCCGAACCAGGACAUUUGCAGCAUGCUUGAGAGCUGCGGCAGCAGCUCUCCGCUUGACUCCCCGAUGCAUUUCGGGCACAACGAGAUCGUUGGCUUAGAUGCGCUAGCCUAGGAUUGGACUGCGAUAAGAUGUCGUCGAGCAACGGCGGACUCACCAGUGCCAGUAACGGCCGCAGCGGUAGCACCGGCAGCGCAAACAUAAACCUUAAUCUCAAGGGCCAGGAGCGGGUUGUAGGAGCGGCCUCUGGGGCUGGUGGAUCAGGUGGCACGACCACGUCAAUUACACAUAAAACACUGCCGGACCUGAAGACGCAGAGGAGCAAUAGCGCAUGUACCGCCCACGAGUCACUUACCGCCCUUCGUCGCAUCGCGCUGCCGGAAAAAUCGGCCGAGAAGCCGCUAAGCUAUGCUGCGCCCCAAAGCCGGGCCUUCAGCAAAGAGGCUAAGGACGGCCACCUGGUAUACUGCGAUGGGCGGCUACACUCGGGUCCGCUGCAAUCACUCAUUGUCCACAUGGUCCCUACCCACGAAUACUACCCGGAUGACGGAUUUGUUUUCGCAUUCCUCCUUAGCGCCAGGCUUUUUGUGCGCCCCCACGAACUUUUAGCGCAGAUCUCUCAGACUUGGGAACAGCAGCAGCAGGGCGUGAGCGCCGGCGGAGACGUGGUGGACGAUGCCGGACAGGUGCCAGGCCGACCCCAGCUGCUUAGCAUCAACUCCGCUUCGCCGCUGACGCAGCGGAAGGGAUCCGCGGCGGCUGUUGCCGCUUCCAGUUCAGAGCUGGAGCCGCGACCGCAGCAGCGGACGAGCACUCAGCGCUCUGCUCAGUACUGCAUAAGGCUACUGUCGGAAUGGAUCGAGAUCUUUCCGUACGACUUCAGAGAUGAGCGGCUAAUGCAACAGGUUCGCAUUUUGGCAAGGAAGUGCGUGUACAUCGACAAUUCGCUGGGCAAGCAGGUAUCGCGCAUACUGCAGCUACUAGUGUCCCGGCUAACGUCACUAGAGCAGUACGAGGAGUUUCUGCAGACGCUCACCACGGAGGAGGCACAGAGUCAACAGCAGCAGCAGCAACACCACCACCACGGACAUCAUCAUCACUUGCACAAUGCCUUUCAGACCUUUUUGGGCACCUCUUCCCAUGCUAACGGUGCCAGUGGCGGCGGAUCAACCAGCGGCACCUCUAAUUCCUCCUCAAGUGGCCACACCUCCUCUGCCUCCACCUCCAACUCGAUCUCCACAACUCCACAGCCGGACGAAGUGUUCGGCAUUAUGGACAUGUGUCCAAGCUGUGCCGACUUGGCACACCAGCUGACUGCCAUCGAGCUGGAGCGCUUGUCGCACAUUGGGCCGGAGGAGUUUGUCCAAGCCUUCACAAAGGAUUACCAGCAGAAGGCGAAGGAUGGGAGCAAGGAGGGCGGCAAAGGCAAAUGCAUUGGAGGCGGUGGUGGUUCGUUGAACGACAUGAAAAAGACACGGAACUUGGAGUCUUAUGUGCAAUGGUUCAAUCGCCUCAGUUAUUUGACGGCCAGCGAGAUUGUCAAGUACCCUAAGAAAAAGCAGCGUGUGCGUAUUAUAGAGUAUUGGAUUGAGACAGCCCGCGAGUGCUUCAACAUUGGCAACUUUAAUAGUCUGAUGGCCAUUAUAGCUGGUCUAAACCUGGCGCCCAUAGGCAGACUCAAGAAGACGUGGGCCAAAGUGCAAUCGGCCAAGUUCUCCGUGCUGGAACAUCAAAUGGAUCCAACAUCGAACUUCAACAGCUAUCGCUCCACGCUCAAAGCUGCGAUGUGGCGCUCGGAGGGUGCUACUGAGGAACGAGAACGCAUAAUCAUUCCAUUCUUUAGUUUAUUUGUUAAGGACUUGUACUUUCUGAACGAGGGCUGUUCAAAUCGGCUGCCAAACAAUCAUAUCAACUUCGAGAAGUGCUCCCAACUGGCCAAACAAGUGAUGGAGUUCAAUGAGUGGAAAAAAGUGAACUGUCCCUUCGAGAAGCUGCCCAACAUCAUAGCCUAUCUUCAACACAGCGCAGUGCUCAAUGAGAACACUCUUUCGUUGGCAUCCUUCGAGUGUGAGCCGCCAGAGAACACGGAGGAGAAGGACCGCUACAAGACCGUAAAGGCGGAGACAAAGCAACAACUGCUACAGCAGCUGCAAGAGCAGCAACAAUAGUCGCAGUAACCACUAUGUAGAGGGUAGACUAAGCUACGCUUAAGCGCUUGCCAUGAUUAUUUUUUCACUAGAGCCGUAAGACCGGGGAUAUUUUAGUCUAAGUUAAUGAGAAAGAUGAGUACAGAGGGUCAACAAGCCCCAAGCCCUGAUUAGCCCCUUGCUGCGAAAGAAAAGCUUUUGAAGCUAAAUUUUGUCAAUCAUUUUUAUUUUCACUCACUCGCUUUCUCUUUUUGUUCCUGUCCCGUAUUUCCUCUGAUGGGUCGCGGCGGGUUUUUUGAAGAGAAGCUCCGAAACGCGCGCAAUAACUUUAUUUAUUUAACUAGACGACUAGAAGGGUGGAAACAACGAACCAAUGUACUUAAAGCCUUAUAUGGCUAACAGCUAAUGCAACUAAUUUAGCUAUUAACGUGGCAUUUUUGGUAUAAUUUAUGAUAUCAUAAUUAUGACCAAAACCAUUUGACAAAUCUGCUUGAGUACGCGAUGUUCGUACGUGACCAGUAUUUAUAUUUAUGUAUACAAUUUUAUAGCUAAAUGAAAUCUUUUUGAUAUUUCUUUACGAUUACAACCGAAUAUAAUCCGACGGAUUACAUGAUGAUUCUUUCUCGAGGCUUUUCUGUAUCAGUAACAUUAUAUCCGCAAAUUAUCAGUCCCUGAGCAUAAACAUUUUUGUACAAUUAAGAAAACCAACAGAACAACAAUUAGGAAAAGCAAAGUAGAAACGGACACUUUGUGGUAAAAAGAUACUUUUCCAAAAAAUUUGAUUUUUUACGAUGCAGUUGCAAGAUUAAAUAAUAGUGUGGAUUAAAUCAUAAAUGAUAUUAGCUAUAAAGGGACUAAACACAACAUUAAUGAUUAAAACUGCUUUCGAAUAAAGGAUAUGAACAAAACCAGUUCUUAUAACAAAA